AUGCAUGAUUUUGACACUAUCGCCAGGAACGGUCAAGUUCUGGAUACUAUUACUGAAGUAAAUGAAAAACAAAUGUCCUCUGACAAUAAAUCUACAAAAUCUCAUCAAAAAUCAUCUGUAGCAUCAAAUUUGUAUUCAACUUCGGAAGACGAAGUAAAUUUGAAGAAACUGAAAGAAUUCAGAGAGAAGAAUUAUUUUGAAUGUCAUUCAUCAAAGAACAGAAUUGCAAGUAAGGGUAGCGUGAUAUCUCUCCUGGAUCAUAAAUGUAGAUACAGAUUAUAUUUAAAUGACAGAUUAUUUCCUGUAGCGAUGGACAAUGAUCACAAUGACAAUAUACGAUGCGUUGACUGUCGUUUACCCUUAAAACUAGCUCAAGAAGAAGACAAAGUAAAUGGCACUAUACAAGCCAAAGUGAAACUAGGGUCAGAAACUCAAGACAUGGUCUUAAUUCUUCCGAUAAAAGAGCCUUUGAUAAUUAAACAGAAGUUAAAAGAAAAGAACGACGAUGACGUAGUAUACUUCGGGUUAGUAAAAAUGGAUCAAAAUGAGAAUUCAAUAUUUAAUCCUUCUUUACCGAGUGAUUCUUUGGCGUUAAGGUAUCAAAAGGGAUAUAGACAAUUUAAUGAUGUUCAAAGCUAUAGGUAUGAUAAGAUCGAAGAUUCUGAUGUUAUCUAUAUUUAGUAAUGAAUAUACGUUUCUAUGUUUGUA